AUGAGUCAAGUAAGUCUCCAAGGUCUAUUGAACAUCUAUAAGCUCAAUGAAAUAGUGAUUGUUUUGCUUAAUGGAACCAUCAUUGUCUCCCAUUUUGACAAUCUAUGCUUUGUUUUAACCUUUUUUGCUCUUUCUAUUCAGUCAAAUUCACAAAUUAAUGCAAAUAUAACCCCUCCACCGCCUCCCCCACCACCUCCGCCUCCACCUCCGCCUCGUCCCUCGCCUCCGCCACCACAAGCACCGCCACCACCACCUAAUGGAUUACGCUCACCUCCACCCCCGGAAUCACAAUCCCCACCCACAUCGCCGCCGUCGGACCCCACUCCGCCGCCAUCAAAUCCGACUCGGAGGGCCGUCAAUACUACAUCGGAUGAAAUCAAUGAAUCCCGACCACAUCAUCAAAAAAGAAAUCCUGCAAAACCACCACCUACACAUGAAAACAAGGUCAAUACAGGGAAAAAGAUUGGCUUGUUGUUUGUUGGCGUUGCAGCAAUUUUGCAGAUUGGUGUAGUGGGGUUCUUGGCUUUCAAGAGAAGGCAGCUUUUGAAGAUCAGUGACAGAUAUGAAACUUGCUCUUCUUGAAAUUCUUUUUUUUUUUUUUCUUUUUGGUUAUAGGUUUCUUGAAGUUUGUCAUAUCAUUAUUCUUUUGUUUGGGGCAUUGAAUUACAAUGUGGAGGCUUAUUGAUUGAAUUGGAUUGGAAUGAGUUUCUUGGA